AUGGAUGAAGACCAAUGGGACCGAGCAGGGAUGACCAGAGAAAUUGAGGUAAUUCAUACUUGUUUAAAUGAUAUAGCUAGGCAAAUAACUGAUCUAAAUAAAUAUAUUGAGGUCUUAUUUGGGAAAGUAUACAAAGAGAUUCAUAGAGUCUCUUCUAAAUUUACGAUUUUACAAGAAAAUGUGACCCAAUUAACUGACGCUAUUACUGCUAAGUAUCCAAAUGAAGGAUUAACAAUGCAAGUUAAAGAAUCAGGAAAUACUUUUCCAAGUGCAACUCACCAAAUGCAGCAAGUAUGCUCCUUUAAUUCAUUACCUAAGACACUUGAAAGUUACAGUGAUGAUGUAGAGAUGUCACCUGUCACUAUGUGUGAUUCUUACCACUUGGAUGAGAUAAAAGGUUUAAUUUCUCCUGAUGAUUCAUUCCAAUUAUGUUCAUCAAGCCCCAAGCUUUGGGAAGAAAAGAAUAUAGCAAAAAGUAAAGGACAUAAGAGGGAACUGUUUGUGCAGAACAAGAAGGACACAGGUCACUCCAAUGAUUCAAAACAUAUACCACAAUUUCAACCAAUGGAUAAUAAUGUUCCAGCUGCUUGUGGUAAGGUGUUUCAUUCAAAUGUCAAUCAACCAUCUGAAAAUUCUACAUUUUCCACCACUUACAAAUCUAGUACAAUUAGCACUCUUCUAACAAGAGCUGUAGGAAAAAUGUUAUCCAGUGCUUUACACCCAGAGCAUGAUGCAAAUGGAGAUAGGGAAAAUUCAUGUCCUUAUGUCAGUUAUGAAACUGGAAAGAGAGAAAUACAACCCCAACCUCAAAAUCAUCAUCCAAAAACAGAAGUGUUUAUAAAUCCUAAAGCACCAUCCUCAUCACCUUCACUACGACUUAAGUGCUUAGCUGGAUUGAGAGCUUCAAAGAGGUCAGAAAUUCCUGCAACGGUUCAACCCCCAGUUAAACCUUCAUUACCUGUUUGGAAACAUACAGCAGCAACAACACCAGCAGCAGCAGCAGAAUCUGGUUACCUACAAUCUAUUCCUGAUACAGACAUUCCAACUACACCACCAAAAGCCAGAUUCUAUCCCACAGUAUCAGAAUCUUUUACAUAUUCUGAACCAAAGGAUCAAAAUCCACAAGAUAAAAGAGUGACUUCACAUUUAGAACCUUUUCUUGUUAAAGAUCAUGUCAACUAUGCUUUGUCUGGACGACUACAAAUCUCUUCAGUUUGUCAAUUGGUAUCAUCUUCUGUUUCACAGUCACCUUUACUGGGAAAAUCAGCAGUGUCUUCAUUUCCAUCAAAACUCAAGUCUUCACAUUCACCAUUACCACAAAAUUCGAUUCUCUCUACAUCAGAGUCUUUGAUAGAACCACAACCAAAAUCUUUAACUUCACAAAGGUCAAAUUCAGUUCCAAUAUCAUCAAUAUCUUCAUGUUCACAAUCAUCAACAUCUGCAUUCCCAUUACCAGAACAAGAAUCAAGCCUAUUUUCAAGACAUUUGAAUGAAAAAUUAGCAAGUCCUCCAGCUGCAAAAUCCACAAGAAAUUUGAAUCCACAACAAUCAGAAUCACCGGAUUUUAAGUUAGCAGAAUAUUCCUUUUUACAGUCAUUGUUUUCUUCUACUCAAACAACGCCUGCCAUUUCAAGAAGAACCAAGAGUCAUUCAAGUUCCCAGUAUCCACCAAGCAAGUUUUCUUCUGAUUUAAAACAACCUCCUCCAUCAUGUUUUCCAAUACUCAGUACAACCAGGAGUGAUUUGAUGGAAGCAAUAAGAAAAGGAACUGUGUUACACAAACCUGAAGAUCAGUGUUCACAAGAAGCAAAAGUUAAGCCAUUUGAAAAUGAAAUACGUGUUAUCCUGACUCGUCGUAAGGCUAUGGGAUAUAGUUCAGAAAUAUCAGAUAGUGAAAGUGAUUGGCUGGAGGAAAAGUAA